AUGAGAAGGAAACCGAAAAAUGAGGGUCCUGCAGCUAAAAAACGCAAAGGUGCUGGUGCUGGUGGCCAGCAGUCCUAUAAAAAAGGUACUGCUGGUGUAUCAGGUUUUGAAGAAGAACCGAAAGAUGGCAGCUUGUUUGAUAUUGUUAGAUACGGGCGAGUGUCCCUUCAGUCGCUGAUUGAUGACUGGAUUGAAGCAUAUAAAAAUGACCGUGAUGCUGCUCUUUUAGAGCUAAUUCAGUUCUUUAUCCAGUGUUCCGGCUGUAAGGGCAAAAUUACGCCAUACAUGUAUUCCAAUAUGGAACAUGCUGAAAUCAUUCGCAAAAUGACCGAAGAAUUUGAUGAGGAAAGUGGUGAUUACCCUCUCAUUAUGACGGGACCACAAUGGAAAAAAUUCAAAUCCAACUAUUGUGAAUUUGUGCAGACAUUGGUAAGACAAUGUCAGUACAGUAUCAUCUACGAUCAAUAUAUGAUGGACAACGUCAUUUCAUUAUUGACAGGACUCACAGAUUCACAGGUUCGAGCCUUCAGACACACGAGCACCUUAGCAGCCAUGAAAUUAAUGACAGCACUUGUAGAUGUUGCCUUAAAUCUGAGUAUUAAUCUGGACAACACUCAGCGUCAAUAUGAAUCUGAGAGACAGAAAAAUCAGAAUAAAAGGGCAACUGAUAGGCUGGAUUUACUUAUGACCAAGCGUCAGGAGUUGGAAGAAAAUCAAGAGGAAAUUAGAAAUAUGCUAACAUACAUCUUUAAAGGUGUUUUUGUGCAUAGAUACAGAGAUACCCACCCAGAAAUAAGAUCAAUAUGUACGACAGAAAUUGGGGUAUGGAUGCGGAAGUACCCGAAUAUGUUUUUAGAUGAUAGCUACUUAAAGGAUACUCAACCAGAGAUACGGGCAAUUUGUUCUUCUGAAAUUGGGGUCUGGAUGCGAAAAUACCCUUACAUGUUUCUUGACGAUAGCUACUUAAAGUACGUUGGCUGGACGUUGCAUGACAAGGUUGGAGAUGUUCGCCUCUGCUGCUUAAAAGCACUUCAGCCACUAUAUGAUACAAGAGAUCUUGCUCCCAAGUUAGAGUUGUUUACCAACAGGUUCAAAGAUCGUAUUGUUGAAAUGACACUUGAUAAGGAAUAUGAAGUGGCUGUGCAAGCUGUUAAGCUUGUCAUUAGCAUAUUAAGAUAUAAUGAAUCUGUUUUGACUGAUAAAGACUGUGAGAAUGUUUAUGAAUUAGUGUACUCAUCACACAGACAAGUAGCGCAGGCGGCAGGGGAGUUUCUUAAUGCAAAACUUUUCCAAAAAGAUGAUGAGAGUCUUCGAUGCCUAAAAAUCAGUAAAGGCAAAAGGAGAAGUCCUAACACCCCCCUGAUUCGUGAUUUAGUGCAGUUUUUUAUUGAAAGUGAGCUACAUGAACAUGGUGCUUAUCUGGUCGAUAGUCUGUGGGAUAUUAAUGAUAUGAUGAAAGACUGGGAAUGUAUGACUGACCUGCUACUAGAAGAUACUGGAAAAGAUGAAGAAUCGCUUGAUGAUCGCCGAGAAACUAGCUUAAUAGAAAUAAUGGUGUGUUGCGUAAAACAAGCAGCCACUGGAGAGUCCCCUGUUGGCAGGGGGCCAAAUAGGAAGUUAACUGCAAAAGAAAACAAAUUGGUUAUGGAAGACAAAACAAAGCUGACUGAACAUUUCAUUCAAACUUUACCUCAAAUGUUACUCAAAUAUUUAAUGGAUCCAGAAAAAGUCGCUAACCUCUUGCAAAUCCCUCAGUAUUUUGAUUUGGAUAUUUAUACAGCCAGUCGACAGGAAAAGAAUCUUGAAGCCUUGUUAAGAUAUUUACAUGAAAUUGUAGAAAAGCAUACUGACUCUGAGGUUCUUGAAGCUGCCUCAAAAUGUUAUGAGUGUCUCUGUAGCGAAGAAUAUGCUAUUGGUGGUAAAUGUGAUGUUGCUAAGAAAACUUUGGUUGAUAAUCUUGUCUCUAAAUUUAAGGAAUCGAUGCAAGAUUUUUUUGCUGAGGGAGAACAACCUGAUGAAGAUGAAACAUUUGCUCUACUCGCAAGUUUAAAACGAAUAUUUGCAUUUUAUUGCUGUCAUGAUUUAAGUACCUGGGAAUUAUGGGAUGAUGUGUUUCAUAUUGUGAAAACAGCAAAUGACAACAGUGCCAUCCCAGAAGAAGUUAUUUGCAAAGCUAUUUCAACAUGUUCAAUGGGCAUCAUGUGGUGGCUACAGAAAUUAGAUGAGAACAAUCCGGACAAAGAACAAAUGAGAAUACUGAAAUGUCGACUGAAUGAUUUGAUGAAGCAUUGUAAUGAGUUGAUUUUUCAUUCACAAGAUAAAGUUAGUGAAGAGGCUUAUAUUUCCAUUUGUGAUUUGCUGAUUGUUUUCAGCAAACACCUUGGAGAGAACGCUUUACUGAAACCUCUUGUCUAUGAACCAGACAAGAGUCUACAAUCACAACUCAGUGGAUUCCUCACAGAUAAAGUCUUUGUAGAAGAUGAUGAUGAAAACAUGGAUGAAAAUGUAAAAAUUGAAGAACUACACAAGAAGAGGAAUUUCCUUGCUGCCUUUUGUAAAUUAGUUGUUUACAAUAUAAUCAGCAUUCGCAUUGCUGCAGACAUGUUUAAGCACUACAUGAAGUUUUACAAUGAUUAUGGAGAUAUUAUCAAAGCAACUUUAAGCAAAGCCCGAGAAAUUAAUAAAGUGGUCACUGCUAAAACACUGGCUUUCAGUCUUACUCAGCUCUUUAAAGAAGUCCAGGCUGAACAGCCAGUCAUAGAUAGGUCUUCCGAUAGUUUCCAGGCCAUCAAAGAGUUGGCCCGAAGAUUUUCCCUAUCAUUUGGUUUAGACCAAGUGAAGAAUCGUGAGGCUGUUGCUGCCAUGCAUAAGGAAGGAAUUCUAUUCAGCUUGACACCCCUUACCAAUCCUAAUGAUCCUAAAGGAAUUCCACCAAACUUGGCAUUUUUGGAAAUUCUUUGUGAAUUUACCAACAAACUGAUGAAACAAGACAAAAAGACAGUGUUGAAUUAUCUGGACAAACAUUUGCCAAUGGGUAUACCUACUGACCGCUCAGACAAUGAGUACCAACCUUUAAUUGCCUACCGAAACAGUUUAGUUCAAGGAGAGCAUGAGAUUCAUCCAAUUACCCUGAGACAGGCAACCCAAAAACGGUAUGGAAUCAAGCGCAAGACUGAUGCAGCAUCUGGUGAUGAAACGAUGGAUGCUGCUGCCUUAGCUAAAGAAGCCAGUAACAGAGCGGCAGCAGCUGCUGCCGCAUCAGCAGUAAUUGCAGCUGCACAAGCAUCAACCCUGUCGACUCCACAGCUUCCAGUGCCUCCAGUUACCAAAAGGAGAAAGAUUGAUGAUGAAACUGAGAACAAUACGACCACUACACAUGAAACGUCAGAGCGUGUCUCCGAGGAAGAUGUCCAGGAUACGAUAACGGAUGUCAAUCAGCUGUCACAGAUGAGUUGGUUAAUCACAAAACAACAGAGUGAAUUAAAACAAGGAAUGGACAGUUCCAAUUUCAGUCAUUUAAGAACUUCAAAUAUGUCUAGUCUUGAAAAUGUCUCAGAAGAAAGUGAUGUCCAUAUGAGUGUAUUUCAAAGUCCUGAUGUUGUAGGGUCCAGAGGUCGUGGUCAUCCAGUGAUGCAGGGAGGACUUUUUGAAGAAGAUGGACCACAAAUAGAAGAUCCAUCAUCUGAACUGAGCCAUCACGCUUUCUAG